GACUUGGACGUGGACGUGGUCGUGGACGUGGACGCGGACCUGGACGUGGACGUGGUCGUGGACGUGGUCGUGGUCGUGGACGUGGAGGACCUGGUCGUGGACGUGGACGUGGACGUGGACGUGGUCGUGGACGUGGUCGUAGACAUGGACGUGGUCGUCCACGACGUGGACGUGGACGUGGACGUGGAGGUGGACAUGGACGUGGUCGUGGACGUGAAGGACUUGGACGUGGACGUGGAUGUGGACGUGGACCUGGACGUGGACGUGGACGUGGACGUGGUCGUGGACGUGGACGUGGUCGUGGAGGACGUGGACGUGGACGUGGACGUGGACGUGGUCGUGGACGUGGACGUGGACGUGGACGUGGACUUGGACGUGGACGUGGACGUGGACGUGGUCGUGGACGUGGAGGACUUGGACGUGGACAUGGACGUGGACGUGGACGUGGACGUGGACCUGGAGGUGGUCGUGGACGUGGACGUGGUCGUGGACGUGGACGUGGACCUGGACGUGGACGUAGACGUGGACGUGGACGUAGACGUUGACGUGGACAUGGUCGUGGACGUGGACGUGGACGUGGACGUGGACUUGGACGACGACGUGGAUGUGGACGUGGUCGGCGUGGACGUGGACGUGGACGUGGAGGGCGUGGACGUGGACGUGGACGUGGACGUAGACGUGGACGUGGACGUGGUCGUGGACAUGGAGGACUUGGACGUGGACGUGGACGUGGACGUGGACGUGGACGUGGAGGACGUGGACGUGGAGGACGUGGACGUGGACGUGGACGUAGACGUGGACGUGGACGUGGUCGUGGACAUGGAGGACUUGGACGUGGACGUGGGCGGGGACAUGGACGUGGACGUGGUCGUGGACGUGGACGUGGAGGACGUGGACGUCGACGUGGAUGACGUGGACUUGGAGGACAUGGACGUGGACGUGGUCGUGGACGUGGUCAUGGACGUGGACCUCGACGUGGACGUGGACGUGGUGGAGGACGUGGACGUGGACGUGGACGUGGACGCGGACGUGGUCGUGGACGUGGACGCGGACGUGGACCUGGACUUGGACUUGGACGUGGACGUGGACGUGGUCGUGGACGUAGACGUGGUCGUGGACGUGGACGUGGAGGACGUGGACGUGGAGGACGUGGACGUGGAGGUGGACGUGGUCGUGGACAUGGUUGUGGACGUGGACGUGGAUGUUGACUUUGACGUGGACGUGGUCGUGGAUGUGGAGGACUUGGACUUGGACGUGGAGGACUUGGACAUGGACGUGGAGGACAUGGACGUGGACGUGGUCGUGGACGUGGUCAUGGACGUGGACCUGGACGUGGACAUGGACGUGGACGUGGACGUGGUGGAGGACGUGGACGUGGACGUGGACGUGGACAUGGACAUGGACGUGGACGUGGACGUGGUCGUGGACGUGGUCGUGGACGUGGACGUGGACGUGGUUUUGGACGUGGACGUGGACGUGGACGUGGACGUGGACGUGGACGUGGACGUGGACGUGGACGUGGACGAAGACGUGGACGUGGACGUGGACGUGGACGUGGACGUGGACGUGGACGUGGACAUGGACAUGGACGAGGACGUGGACGUGGACGUGGUCGUGGACGUGGACGUGGACGUGGACGUGGACGUGGACCUGGACGUGGACCUGGACGUGGACCUGGACGAGGACAUGGACGUGGACGUGGACGUGGACGUGGACAUGGACGUGGACGUGGACAUGGACGUGGACAUGGACGUGGACGUGGACAUGGACGUGGACAUGGACGUGGACGUGGACGUGGACAUGGACGUGGACAUGGACGUGGACCUGGACAUGGACGUGGACGUGGACGUGGACGUGGACGUGGACGUGGAGGACGUGGACGUGGAGGUGGACGUGGUCGUGGACAUGGUUGUGGACAUGGACGUGGAUGUUGACGUUGACGUGGACGUGGUCGUGGAUGUGGAGGACUUGGACUUGGACGUGGAGGACUUGGACAUGGACGUGGAGGACAUGGACGUGGACGUGGUCGUGGACGUGGUCAUGGACGUGGACCUGGACGUGGACAUGGACGUGGACGUGGACGUGGUGGAGGACGUGGACGUGGACGUGGACGUGGACGUGGACAUGGACGUGGACGUGGACGUGGUCGUGGACGUGGACGUGGACGUGGACGUGGUCGUGGACGUGGACGUGGACAUGGACGUGGACGUGGACAUGGACGUGGACGUGGACGUGGACGUGGACGUGGACGUGGACCUGGACCUAGACGUGGACGUGGACGUGGACGUGGUCGUGGACAUGGACGUGGACGUGGACGUGGACCUGGACGUGGACCUGAACAUGGACAUGGACGUGGACAUGGACGUGGACAUGGACGUGGACGUGGACGUGGUCGUGGACGUGGUCGUGGACGUGGACGUGGACGUGAACGUGGACGUGGACGUGGACAUGGACAUGGACAUGGACGUGGACAUGGACGUGGACGUGGACGUGGACGUGGACGUGGACAUGGACGUGGACGUGGACGUGGACAUGGUCGUGGAGGACGUGGACGUGGUCGUGGAAGACGUGGACGUGGACGUGGACGUGGAGGACGUGGACGUGGACGUGGACGUGGACGUCGAUCUGGACGUGGACGUGGACGUGGACGUGGACGUGGACAUGGACGUGGUCGUGGACAUGGACGUGGACGUGGUCGUGGACGUGGUCGUGGACGUGGUCGUGGACGUGGACGUGGUCGUGGACGUGGACGUGGACGUGGACGUGGACUUGGACGUGGACGUGGACGUGGUCGUGGACGUGGAGGACUUGGACGUGGACGUGGUCGUGGACGUGGACGUGGACGUGGUCGUGGACGUGGACGUGGACGUGGUCGUGGACGUGGACGUGGACGUGGACGUGGACUUGGACGUGGACGUGGACGUGGUCGUGGAUGUGGAGGACUUGGACGUGGACAUGGACGUGGACGUGGACGUGGACGUAGACCUGGAGGUGGUCGUGGACGUGGACGUGGUCGUGGACGUGGACGUGGACCUGGACGUGGACGUAGACGUGGACGUGGACGUGGACGUGGACGUGGACGUGGACGUGGACGUGGACAUGGACGUGGUCGUGGACGUGGACGUGGACGUGGUCGUGGACGUGGUCGUAGACAUGGACGUGGUCGUCCACGACGUGGACGUGGACGUGGACAUGGACGUGGUCGUGGACGUGAAGGACUUGGACGUGGACGUGGAUGUGGACGUGGACCUGGACGUGGACGUGGAAGUGGACGUGGUCGUGGACGUGGACGUGGUCGUGGAGGACGUGGACGUGGACGUGGACGUGGACGUGGAUGUGGACGUGGUCGUGGACGUGGACGUGGACGUGGUCGUGGACGUGGACGUGGACGUGGUCGUGGACGUGGACGUGGACGUGGACGUGGACUUGGACGUGGACGUGGACGUGGUCGUGGACGUGGAGGACUUGGACGUGGACGUGGUCGUGGACGUGGACGUGGACGUGGUCGUGGACGUGGACGUGGACGUGGUCGUGGACGUGGACGUGGACGUGGACUUGGACGUGGACGUGGACGUGGACGUGGUCGUGGACGUGGAGGACUUGGACGUGGACAUGGACGUGGACGUGGACGUGGACGUGGACCUGGAGGUGGUCGUGGACGUGGACGUGGUCGUGGACGUGGACGUGGACCUGGACGUGGACGUAGACGUGGACGUGGACGUGGACGUGAACGUGGACGUGGACGUGGACCUGGUCGUGGACGUGGACGUGGACGUGGACUUGGACGUCGACGUGGAUGUGGACGUGGUCGGCGUGGACGUGGAUGAAGACGUGGAGGGCGUGGACGUGGACGUGGACGUGGACGUAGACGUGGACGUGGACGUGGUCGUGGACAUGGAGGACUUGGACGUGGACAUGGACGUGGACGUGGACGUGGACGUGGAGGACGUGGACGUGGAGGACGUGGACGUGGACGUGGACGUAGACGUGGACGUGGACGUGGUCGUGGACAUGGAGGACUUGGACGUGGACGUGGACGGGGACAUGGACGUGGACGUGGUCGUGGACGUGGACGUGGAGGACGUGGACGUCGACGUGGAUGACUUGGACGUGGACGUGGAGGACAUGGACGUGGACGUGGUCGUGGACGUGGUCAUGGAUGUGGACCUCGAAGUGGACGUGGACGUGGUGGAGGACGUGGACGUGGACGUGGACGUGGACGUGGACGCGGACGUGGUCGUGGACGUGGACGCGGACGUGGACCUGGACUUGGACUUGGACGUGGACGUGGACGUGGUCGUGGACGUGGACGUGGUCGUGGACGUGGACGUGGAGGACGUGGACGUGGAGGACGUGGACGUGGAGGUGGAUGUGGUCGUGGACGUGGUUGUGGACGUGGACGUGGAUGUUGACGUUGACGUGGACGUGGUCGUGGAUGUGGAGGACUUGGACUUGGACGUGGAGGACUUGGACAUGGACGUGGAGGACAUGGACGUGGACGUGGUCGUGGACGUGGUCAUGGACGUGGACCUGGACGUGGACAUGGACGUGGACGUGGACGUGGUGGAGGACGUGGACGUGGACGUGGACGUGGACGUGGACAUGGACGUGGACGUGGUCGUGGACGUGGACAUGGUCGUGGACGUGGACGUGGACAUGGACGUGGACGUGGACGUGGACGUGGACGUGGACGUGGACGUGGACGAGGACGUGGACGAGGACGUGGACGUGGACGUGGACGUGGACGUGGUCGUGGACGUGGACGUGGACGUGGACGUGGACGUGGACGUGGACCUGGACGUGGACCUGGACGUGGACAUGGACGUGGACAUGGACGUGGACGUGGACGUGGACGUGGACGUGGACCUGGACGUGGACAUGGACGUGGACGUGGACAUGGACGUGGACAUGGACGUGGACGUGGACGUGGACAUGGACGUGGACGUGGGCGUGGACGUGGACGUGGACGUGGACCUGGACGUGGACGUGGUCGUGGACGUGGUCGUGGACGUGGACGUGGACGUGGACGUGGACGUGGUCGUGGUCGUGGAGGACGUGGACGUGGUCGUGGAGGACGUGGACGUGGACGUGGACGUGGUCGUGGACGUGGACAUGGACAUGGACGUGGUCGUGGACGUGGUCGUGGACGUGGACGUGGACGUGGACGUGGACGUGGACGUGGACAUGGACGUGGACGUGGACGUGGACGUGGACGUGGACGUGGUCGUGGACGUGGACGUGGACGUGGACGUGGACGUGGUCGUGGACGUGGACGUGGACGUGGACGUGGACGUGGACGUGGAUGUUGCACUCGCUAGGCCAUUUGGCCCCUUCCUUGCCUUGCCUGCUGUUUCCCCAUCCCACUCUCGCUUCCACCUCCCCCGCUGCCUUCACCUCGUUCCUCUUAGUGCUCCCCUCCCCUCCCUCCCCUCCUUGACCUCCCAUCCCUUUCCUGCCAGGCGAGCCCAAGCCAAUAGGAUGGAAGUAGGCGAGGGGAGCGGAGCACCAAGGCGGGCAGCAGGAGCGUGGGCAGCGGGGCAGCAGUGCCGGCCUCAUCAACGGUUGAGGUUGCAGUAUCGCCCCUGCCACCAUUCUCCACUCGAGCCCACCCCCCCUCAGGUUCAGGGGGACGGCAGCAGGCGAGCAGCAGGCGAGGGGAGCAUAGCAGGCGAGGGGAGGGCAGCAGGCGAGGGGGGCACCAGGGCGGGCAGCAGGAGGGCGGGCAGCAAGGCAGCACCGCUAAGCCUCAUCAAUGGUCCUUCCCUUCAACCCUCCUCGCUGGCUCGCACCUCCUCUGCUCGCCCCUGCCCCCUCUCCUUCACCGCACCCCCCACGCCACCACCACCACUGCUCCAACUCUCAGCUAAGUGGGGGGAGGGGUGUGGGGUCAGCACCGCCAUUCCCUCACGCCUCUCCCCGGUGGCCGUGCAGGGAGGGACGCACACGGGAAGGCUGGGAGGAGGGCUGCCGGGGAAGGAGUCACCUGGUGCUGCUGUAGUGCCCUCUGCUCGCUCUCACGCCUUACAGCUAAGUGCAGGUGUGCAAGUACCCCCUCAGGUGCAGCCCUUGGGUCUGCAGUUUGUGACUUGGCCUCCACCAGUGGCCCCUCCCCUCUCCCGCCUUGCAAAUGUCGUUCCCUCUCUUGCACUUUCACCAUUCAUCCCCUUGCUGCCUACUGACCAGCUCUGCGUGUGUGCCUUGCAGGUGGAGGGGAGGGGUGGGGGUCAACACCGACGCUUCCCCACGCCCCUCCCCUGUGGCCGUGCAGGUACCCGUGGGGAUAGGAGGGAGGCAGCUCUGCCAAUCCCUGCCACAAGGGAGAGUAUCGGGGUGGGCUUGGCCUCUCAAGAGAGGGAGGGACCACCGGAGCAAGGGCGGGACACAGGGCGUCUCUCCCUGCUGAAGGGAGGGAGCACUGGAGCAAAGGCUGACAGAGGCAUUCCUCUUUUGACCCCCCAACCCCCUUCUCCACUCUCCACUUCCCAGCAGCCUGAGGCAUCAUGGCGCUCUGCAUGGCUGUGGUAG